AACUCUGACAAGUACAUGGUCGCUGGUGAAUCAGACAGAGUAUUGGUGACCUCUAGUGGGGGCAUCUACACCUGCAGAGGACAAAUAAAAGGGACCAAUACACUCAUUAAAGAGAGUGAUCCAGUAACCAUUUGGGACACCGCAGAUAAACCCAGAGCCACACUGACAGCAGGAACAACAAUCAUACCAGUAGGGGGCAGUGUGACACUGACCUGCUCUGUGCAGAGCUCUGAUGGAUGGAAAUAUGAGUGGUUCAGACGAACCCAAAGAACCUCUGGAGUUCACAUCAGAGAUCAACAAAACAGAGAUAUCAGAGUAUCUCAAGGAGGAAUCUACCGCUGCAGAGGAACAAGAGGAAACCCAGUUUACUACACUGAUAUGAGUGAUGAAGUCACCAUUGAGAAAACCUUUUCCAAUAAAGUUGUUGUAAAACAACAACCCAACUGGCCUCAGAUAUUCAGAGGUGAGACGAUCACUCUGACAUGUGAGGUGCAGGAAGGAGGUGAAACCACUGAGUGGGAGUAUGAAUGGAGAGGACCCAGCACACCCACACAGUGGACACACAAUAAUGAUGUGACAUUCAGAGUUUCUGAGUCCAGCAGUGGAGACUACAUGUGUAAGAGUCGACGCAGAGAUGACUCAUAUUCUUCAACAGAGUGGAGUGAAGCCUUCACAUUGUCAGGAUCAACUGGUAUAGAGACGCCAAUGCUGACCUGCUGCUCCAUCACCUGAGGACAAUAAUGACAGAAAUAAACAG